CAACAAUUCGCUACGCAGCUGCAGAUCUCUUGCACAUCAUGCACAUGAUCCCCUCGCUGUGUGCAGCAGCCCUGCUCUUCCAGAGCGCACUGGCCGUGACCAUACCCGAGAUCAAUGGCGACCGAUACGUUUCUUCCUACAAAGGAACAAGUGUCUCUGGUGUCAAAGGCCUUGUCACAGCUAAAGGUUCCAGCGGGUUCUACAUUCGCGCCACGGAUGCCGAUUCAGACUCCCGGACCUCCAACUCUGUUUACGUGUAUGGUAGCAGUGGAGUGUCAAAAGUCACGGUCGGCGACAUUGUCACCCUGAGUGGAAAGGUCGCGGAAUACCGAUCCUCAUCCAGCUACGUCUAUACCACUGAGAUCGAGUCUCCAUCCGACAUCAAGGUGCUGUCCAGUGAUAACACCGUCACUCCCAUCGUCAUUGGAAAGGAUGGCUUGGAUCCUCCUACUGAGCAGUACUCUUCCCUGGACAAUGGCGAUGUCUUCAGCCUACCCGGCGGUUCUAGUCGGCUUUCCACUAAGAAUCCUGUGUUGGACCCAACCGAGUAUGGCAUGGACUUCUGGCAGAGCCUGAGUGGUGAACUCGCUACUUUGACUGGACUCACGGCCAUCAGCAAAGCCAAUUCUUAUGGCGAUACCUGGGUAAUUGGGGACUGGCCAGUGACGGGGAAGAAUGACCGGGGCGGGCUGACCAUGCGUGCAAAUGACUCCAACCCAGAAUCCAUCGUCAUCGGCUCCCCAUUGGAUGGGACCAAGAACCCAACUGAUACCAAACUGGGAGACACCCUCGAAGACAUAACCGGGAUUAUCACACAGGCAUAUGGCUUCUACACGCUGCUACCCCUGACUGCCUUGAAGAAGACUGGGUCCAACACCACGGAGGCCACGGCAACGACCCUCAAGGCGGAUGGAACCUGCAGCUCCAUUACCAUUGGAGAUUACAAUGUUGACAAUUUCUCUCCGGACUCGAGCACCAUGAGCGGGAUUGGAGAGCACAUCGCCAAGUAUCUGAACAGUCCGACCGUCCUGUUCUUGCAGGAAAUCCAGGACAAUAGCGGAGCAACUGAUGAUGGCGUCGUCUCCGCCAGCCUGACACUGUCCAAGCUCGCUAGUGCGAUCGAAGAGCACGGCGGAGUCGCGUACAACUACACUGACAUCGACCCGGAUAAUGACACGAGCGGCGGAGAACGCGGCGGUAAUAUCCGGCCAGCCUACCUCUACGACCCAUCGGUGGUACGACUGCGAAACUACAAUCCCGGAUCCAGCAAUGACUCCACCUCCGUCCUCUCCGACGGCAGCCUAAGCUAUAACCCAGGUCUAAUUGAUCCCUCCAACGAGGCAUGGGAUGACAGUCGCAAGCCAUUGGUAGCCCAAUGGGAGACCCUGGACGGCAAGAACACCUUCUACACGAUCAACGUGCAUUUCACCUCUAAAUAUGACAGCACUUCGCUGGAGGGCGAUCCGCGACCCCCCGUCAACGGAUGGGUGGAGAACCGCGUGGACCAGGCUAAAGUGGUUGCUAAAUUUGUUACCUCCAUACUGGAUGUCAAUUCCGAUGCGAAAAUUAUCACCGCCGGUGACUUUAACGAGUAUGCGUCUGUCGAGCCUCUGGAGGUGUUUGUCUCCGAGUCCAAGCUGCAGGACCUUGAGGACGUUACUGGCAUUCCUACAACGGAGAGAUAUACCUAUCUCUAUAACCAGAACUGCGAAUCACUAGACCACAUAUAUGUGAGUUCUGCGUUGACAUCCGGGGCGAAGAUGGAGCAUAUCCAUGUCAACACGUGGGUGUCGACAGACGAUGAGUUAUCGGAUCACGAUCCCACCGUUGCUCUGUUCAACAUGUGCGAGUAAGCACCGCCAGCUAUUUCACUUUCCAUAUGCUUCGAACCUUCUAUUCAGGAGCAAGCAGUCGCAAGCCCAUGCUUAAAUGAGAAGGGUCC